AUGGACCCCGUCAUCAUAACGCCGGAUGACGUAGCUGAGGCGGUCCGUAGAGCCCCGAACUGGAAAAGUCCGGGACUCGACGGACUGCAUCACUACUGGCUGAAGGGGUUCAUGGUGUGUCACGCUGUGCUCGCCCGUCAGUUUCAAGAGGCUCUCAACCAGAAGUCGCUCCCUAGCCUCUUCACUACUGGGAUCACUCAUUUGGUUCCUAAAGACCAGGUAAUAAACCGCACGAUGGCCGCCAUAAUUGUUUCCACUACAUCCAUCGCUGCACUGGCUCUGGUUGGAGAGAGACCGUCUCUCCCCGAGCUCGUCUCGUGGCUGGACGUGGAAACACUGCUGUUGCUUUUCAGCAUGAUGAUCCUCGUUGCGAUCGUGGCAGAAACUGGGAUAUUUGACUUCUUGGCUGUGUUCACUUUUGAGAAUUUAAUCCAGGUGACGCGAGGGAAGCUGUGGCCGCUAAUUUUUCUACUGUGCACGAUUACUGCAGUCCUGUCAACGUUCCUCGACAACGUCACUACCGUACUGCUGUUGUCGCCAGUCACUAUAAGGUUGUGCGAAGUUAUGGACCUGGAUCCAGUCCCAAUCCUGAUAUUUAUGGCGAUCUACAGCAAUGUCGGAGGAUGCGCUACUCCUGUGGGGGAUCCCCCCAACGUUAUAGUAGCCUCUAACAAAGCUGUCAUUCAGGCCGGAAUCAAUUUUACCAACUUCACCGCACACAUGGCUCUGGGAAUCCUAUUAAUUUUCAUACAAACGACUCUUCAGAUCCGGUUCAUGUACCGUGACACUAAUAAACUACGGUUGCAAGAACCCAGGGAAAUACAGGAUAUACGCAAUCAGAUCUCAAUAUGGCGCCGCGCUGCGGAGUCAUUGCCACACCUCAGCAAGGACGUCCACGUCGUGAGGGAGAGGCUGGAGAGAAAGGUCAAGAAGCUGACUGUGCAACUUGACAAGAUGUUGCGGGAGAGCAGCAAGAGAGCUUGUCCUAAAGCCACAUUUAAAAGCACGCUUGUAGACUUAAAGAAAAAGUACAAAAUUCGCGACAAGGUGCUUCUUAUAAAAGCGAUAGUUGCGAUCGUUUUCGCCGUCACUCUGUUCUUCCUGCAUUCUAUACCCCAGUUCAAUCGUGUAUCCCUAAGCUGGACGGCACUCCUUGGUGCCAUUCUUCUGCUGAUUCUCGCAGACCGCGAGGACUUGGAGCCAGUACUGCAUCGUGUGGAAUGGUCUACUCUUUUAUUCUUUGCAGCGCUCUUUGUACUUAUGGAGGCGCUGUCUAAGCUCGGCUUGAUUCUAUACAUCGGCAGUUUCAUGGAGCAGCUCAUAUUUAAGGUGGAUGAGAGCGCUCGUCUCGCAGCUGCCUUGAUGUUGAUUUUGUGGGUGUCGGGAGUGAUAUCCGCCUUUGUAGACAACAUACCGUUGACGACAAUGAUGAUACGGGUUGUCGUGUCGAUAGGUUCAAAUCCCAACUUGAACCUCCCCAUGGCGCCGUUGAUAUGGGCCUUGAUGUUUGGAGCUUGUUUGGGAGGUAACGGGACGCUGAUUGCCGCAAGCGCAAACGUGGUUUGUGCUGGCGUAGCUGAGCAGCACGGCUACCGCUUCACCUUCAUGCAAUUCUUCCGCGUCGGCUUCCCCAUUAUGAUCGGACACCUCCUUGUCUCCUCCCUCUACCUCCUCCUCUGUCAUUGCGUAUUCGCCUGGCAUUGA